AUGUCCUCUCGCAUGCCCCGUCGGUCUUCCAGAAAGCCUUGUGCGGUCGUCAAGUCGCCUUACUUCUCAGACUCCCUGCCCCCCAAACGCCGCAAGCCAUCGUCUCCCAAACAGACCGUCAUUCCCCGUCCUGCCACAGCCAAGUCUCGAUUCUUUCCUCGCCCGCCCAUUGACAUCGACAGCUACCUGAAGGAUCCCCGAUUUGUGUGUUUCUACGAGGAUUUCGUUGCUGCUAUGACCGCCCUCUACCACGCGAAGCCCAUCCUGAUCCAAGACCAUGUGUCUGCCGAUGUAUGGAAAGUACUUGUGGCAGUAACUCUACUCAACAAGACUGCGGGACGCUUGUCUGUCCCCAUAUUCUUCGAGAUACUGAAUACUUGGCCGACUCCCACCUCGCUAGCGGGAGCGUCUCAUACCGAGCUCUUCGCCAUGAUCAAAGACCUCGGCCUGGGAGCAACGCGUGCGCACCGGCUCGUAAGCAUCUCCCAAACAUUUUUAUCUCAGCCUCCUACUCCUUCUACGACAUACAAAUCCCGCGGAAAGACCACAUCGUUGUCGACCUCUCCGACCGGUGAACUCGUAUUAAUCGAGGUAGACUAUCCUCCUACUCCCAUCUCCCACAUCCCCGGCUGCGGCCCGUAUGCUCUCGACUCCUAUCGCAUAUUCUGCGCAGGCGACGAGUGGAAAAAUGUACGACCUACGGACAAGGAGCUCAUCCGAUACCUGGAAUGGCGUUGGGCCGUCGACAAGUAUCGUCAGUGGGAUCCUGUGCAUGGACCCGGCGCCCCCAUUGACCUCCCCUAUGUACAUCGUCUUGUCGAGUCCCUGGCCAACAACCCACCAAUCAAAUCAUCUUGA